AGUUUCCCUUCUAAUCUAAAAUGUUGUACUCUAGUUCAUGCUUAGUAUUCAGUAUACAUGUCAACAUAUGUCAAUUUUACAACAAUCUCCAAUUGCUUUAAUAUUGUUUAAUACUUGUGGAAAAUGUCAGACAAAAUAGUUAUAAAAAUUUUAACUUUAAAUUGUUGGGGAAUACCAUACAUUUCUAAGGAUAGGACAAGCCGUAUGGAAGCAAUUGCUGACAAAUUAGCUAGUGAGGAUUAUGGUAUUAUUUGUUUACAAGAAGUCUGGUCUCCGAAUGAUUUUAAAAUGAUUAAAGCGAAAACGCAAGAGCAAUUGCCAUACUCACAUUAUUUUUAUAGGUUAAAUACCAUUAGUAUGUUGUACUUAAAUGGUGUUCUUGGAUCAGGAAUUUGUGUCUUGUCAAAAUAUCGCAUUGAAGAUGUAAUGUUUCAUAAAUGGCCUUUAAAUGGAUAUGUUCACAAGAUACACCAUGGAGAUUGGUUUGGAGGAAAGGGUGUUGGACUUUGCAGGCUCAAAAUUCAUGACAUGAAUGUUAACGUUUAUACUGCGCACUUGCAUGCAGAGUAUAGUAAGCAUAAUGAUGAAUACCUUGCACAUAGAGUUUUACAAGCAUUUGAUACUGCCCAAUUUAUAAAAAUGACUUGUGGUGGGGCUGACUUUGCUAUAUUGGGAGGUGAUCUCAAUACAGAGCCACAAGAUUUAGCUUAUAAAAUCAUUUGUGGUGUUGCUGGUUUAAUUGACACUUGCUCAAACAUUUCAAAUAAUUUAGGGACCAAUGAGUGUGCCAAUAACAGUUAUACUAGUUCUAAAGUUGCAAGACUAUUCCCCAAUGGAAAACGUAUAGAUUAUAUUUUGUAUUUAAGCUCAAAAUUAUACAAAGUAGAGGUACAAGACUUUCAUCAUCCUUUCCCAAUACGAGUACCUCACAAAGAGUUUAGUUACUCUGAUCAUGAAGCUGUUAUGGCUGCUUUGAAUGUUAGUCCUGGUCCGUCAACUCAGCCUCAACCAACGAAUGUAGACGUUGCAGAAACAUUGAAAACGGCGAUAAAUAUAUGUAAAACUUCGUUAAGGAUUGUUCGCCGCCAACGUAUUUGGUACUUAGUAUUAGCUAGUAUACUAAUAGUUCCAAUCGUCUGGUCUAUGGGACUUGAUUGUGGCAUUGCGUCUGUACCUGUGAGCAUUGGACUUAAUGUAAUACGUGCUUUUCUAACUGCAAUACUGUGUUAUUCUUUGUUCAUGAGUACUAUAUGGAAUAGCGUAGAAACAAACUCUCUAAAAGAAGGGUGUUUAGAAAUGGAAAUUUAUUUAAAAAAUUUAACCGAAUUUGUUAACAUCAAGAGGUAAAACUAAUUUACUUUAUACUAAAAUUCCAAGUUUUUGUAAUUGAUAAAGAACAUUUUUAUUCCGCAUAAAGACGUGUAACUUAGUAACA